AUGUGGACGUGGACAUGGACAAGGACGUGGACGCGGACGUGGAUGGACGCGGACGUGGACGUGGACGGGGAUGUGGACGUGGACAUGGACGUGGACAUGGACGUGGACGUGGACGUGGACAUGGACGUGGACGUGGACGUGGACAUGGUCGUGGACGUGGACGUGGACGUGGAUGUGGACGUCGACGUGGACGUGGACAUGGUCGUGGACGUGGACGUGGACGUGGACAUGGACGUGGACAUGGACGUGGACAUGGACGUGGAUGUGGACGUGGACGUGGACGUGGACGUGGACAUGGACGUGGACAUGGAAGUGGACAUGGACGCGGACGUGGACGUGGACGGGGAUGUGGACGUGGACGUGGACGUGGACAUGGCUGUGGACGUGGACGUGGAGGUGGACAUGGACGUGGACGUGGACGUGGACAUGGACGCGGACGAGGACGUGGACGUGGACGCGGACGUGGACGUGGACGGGGAUGUGGACGUGGACGUGGACGUGGACAUGGACGUGGACGCGGACGUGGACAUGGACGUGGACGUGGACGUGGACGUGGACAAGGACGUGGACGUGGACGUGGACAUGGUCGUGGACGUGGACGUGGACGUGGACGUGGACAUGGACAUAGACGUGGACAUGGUCGUGGACGUGGACAUGGACGUGGACGUGGACCUGGACGUGGAUAUGGACGUGGACGUGGACGUGGACGUGGACAUGGACGUGGACAUGGACGUGGUUGUGGACAUGGACGCGGACAUGGACGUGGACAUGGACGUGGACGUGGACGUGGACGUGGACGUGGACGUCGACGUGGACAUGGACGUGGACGUGGACGUGGACAUGGACAUGGACAUGGACGUGGACGUGGACGUGGACGUGGACGUGGACAUGGACGUGGACGCGGACGUGGACGGGGACAUGGACGUGGACAUGGACGUGGACGCGGACGUGGACGUGGAUGGACGUGGACGUGGACGCGGACGUGGACGCGGACGUGGACGCGGACGUGGACGCGGACGUGGACGGGGACAUGGACGUGGACAUGGACGUGGACGUGGACGUGGACGUGGACGUGGACAUGGACGUGGACAUGGACGUGGACGUGGACGUGGACGUGGACAUGGACGUGGACGUGGACAUGGACGUGGACAUGGACGUGGACGUGGUCACGUGGACGUGGACGUGGACGUGGACGUGGACGCGGACGUGGAGAACUUGGACGUGGACGUGGACGUGGUCGUGGACGUGGACGUGGACGUGGAGGACUUGGACGUGGACAUGGACGUGGACGUGGACGUGGACGUGGACGUGGACGUGGACGUGGACGUGGACAUGGACGUGGACAUGGUCGUGGACGUGGUCGUGGACGUGGACGUGGACGUGGACGUGGACGUCGACGUCGACGUGGACGUCGAUGUGGACGUCGACGUGGACCUGGACGUGGACGUGGACGUGGACAUGGACGUGGACGUGGACGUGGACGUGGACGUGGACGUGGACAUGGACGUGGACAUGGACGUGGAGGACUUGGACGUGGACAUGGACGUGGUCGUGGACAUGGACGAGGACAUGGACAUGGACAUGGACAUGGACAUGGACGUGGACGCGGACGUGGACGUGGACGUGGACGUGGACGUGAACGUGGAUAGACGGGGACGUGGACAUGGACGUGGACGCGGACGUGGACGUGGACGUGGACAUGGACGUGGACGUGGACGUGGACGUGGACGUGGACGUGGACGUGGACCUGGACGUGGACGUGGACGUGGACGUGGACGUGGACGUGGACGUGGACAUGGACGUGGAGACAUGGACGUGGACGUGGACGUGGACAUGGACGUGGACGUGGACGUGGACGCGGACGUGGACGUGGACGUGGACGUGGAUGGACGCGGACGUGGACGUGGACGCGGACGUGGACGUGGACGCGGACGGGGACAUGGACGUGGACGUGGACGUGGACAUGGACGUGGACGUGGACGUGCACGUGGACAUGGACGUGGACGUGGACGUGCACGUGGACAUGGACGUGGACGUGGACGUGGACAUGGACGUGGACGUGGACAUGGACGUGGACAUGGACGUGGACGUGGUCGUGGACAUGUGGAAGUGGACGUGGACGUGGACGUGGAUGUGGAGGACUUGGACGUGGACGUGGACGUGGUCGUGGACGUGGACGUGGAGGUGGACGUGGAGGACUUGGACGUGGACAUGGACGUGGACAUGGACGUAGACGUGGACGUGGACAUGGACAUUGACGUGGACAUGGUCGUGGACGUGGUCGUGGACGUGGACGUGGACGUGGACGUGGACGUGGACGUUGACGUGGACGUGGACGUGGACGUGGACGUGGACGUGGACGUGGUCGUGGACGUGGACGUGGACGUGGACGUGGACGUCGACGUGGACGUCGACGUGGACAUGGACGUGGACGUGGUUGUGGACGUGGACGUGAACAUGGACGUGGACAUGGACGUGGAGGACUUGGACGUGGACAUGGACGUGGUCGUGGACAUGGACGUGGACAUGGACAUGGACGUGGACAUGGACGUGGACGUGGACAUGGACGUGGACAUGGACGCGGACGUGGACGUGGAAGUGGAUGUAGACAUGGACAUGGACAUGGACGUGGACAUGGACAUGGACAUGGACGUGGACAUGGACGUGGACGUGGACGUGGACAUGGACGUGGACGUGGACGUGGACGUGGCCUUGGACGUGGACAUGGAUGUGGACGUGGACGUGGACGUGGACAUGGACGUGGACCUGGACGUGGACGUGGACGUGGACGCGGACGUGGACGUGGACGUGGACGUGGAUGGACGCGGACGUGGACGUGAACGCGGACGUGGACGUGGACGUGGACGUGGAUGGACGCGGACGUGGACGUGGACGUGGACGUGGACGGGGACAUGGACGUGGACAUGGACGUGGACGUGGACAUGGACGUGGACAUGGACGUGGACGUGGACGUGGACGUGGACAUGGACGUGGACGUGGACCUGGACGUGGACAUGGAUGUGGACGUGGACAUGGACGUGGAUGUGGACGUGGACAUGGACGUGGACGUGGACGUGGACAUGGACGUGGACGUGGACGUGGACAUGGACGUGGACGUGGACGUGGACAUGGACGUGGACGUGGACGUGGACGCGGACGUGGACGUGGACGUGGACGCGGACGUGGACGUGGACGUGGACGUGGAUGGACGCGGACGUGGACGUGGACGCGGACGUGGACGUGGACGCGGACGGGGACAUGGACGUGGACGUGGACGUGGACGUGGACAUGGACGUGGAUAUGGACGUGGACAUGGACGUGGACGUGGACGUGGACGUGGACAUGGACGUGGACGUGGACGUGGACAUGGACGUGGACGUGGACGUGGACGUGGACAUGGACGUGGACGUGGACGUGGACAUGGACGUGGACGUGGACAUGGACGUGGACAUGGACGUGGACGUGGUCGUGGACGUGGACGUGGAGGACUUGGACGUGGACAUGGACUUGGACAUGGACGUGGACGUGGACGUAGACGUGGAAGUGGACGUGGACGUGGACGUGGAUGUGGAGGACUUGGACGUGGACGUGGACGUGGUCGUGGACGUGGACGUGGAGGUGGACGUGGAGGACUUGGACGUGGACAUGGACGUGGACAUGGACGUAGACGUGGACGUGGACAUGGACAUUGACGUGGACAUGGUCGUGGACGUGGUCGUGGACGUGGACGUGGACGUGGACGUGGACGUGGACGUGGACGUUGACGUGGACGUGGACGUGGACGUGGACGUGGACGUGGACGUGGACGUGGACGUGGUCGUGGACGUGGACGUGGACGUGGACGUGGACGUGGACGUCGACGUGGACAUGGACGUGGACGUGGACGUGGACGUGGACAUGGACGUGGACGUGGACGUGGACGUGGACGUGAACAUGGACGUGGACAUGGACGUGGAGGACUUGGACGUGGACAUGGACGUGGUCACGUGGACGUGGACGCGGACGUGGACGUGGAUGGACGCGGACGUGGACGUGGACGCGGACGUGGACGUGGACGCGGACGGGGACAUGGACGUGGACGUGGACGUGGAUGUGGACAUGGACGUGGAUAUGGACGUGGACAUGGACGUGGACGUGGACGUGGACGUGGACAUGGACGUGGACGUGGACGUGGACAUGGACGUGGACGUGGACAUGGACGUGGACAUGGACGUGGACGUGGUCGUGGACGUGGACGUGGAGGACUUGGACGUGGACAUGGACUUGGACAUGGACGUGGACGUGGACGUAGACGUGGAAGUGGACGUGGACGUGGACGUGGAUGUGGAGGACUUGGACGUGGAUGUGGACGUGGUCGUGGACGUGGACGUGGAGGUGGACGUGGAGGACUUGGACGUGGACAUGGACGUGGACAUGGACGUAGACGUGGACGUGGACAUGGACAUUGACGUGGACAUGGUCGUGGACGUGGUCGUGGACGUGGACGUGGACGUGGACGUGGACGUGGACGUUGACGUGGACGUGGACGUGGACGUGGACGUGGACGUGGACGUGGUCGUGGACGUGGACGUGGACGUGGACGUGGACGUCGACGUGGACGUCGACGUGGACAUGGACGUGGACGUGGACGUGGACGUGGACGUGGACGUGGACGUGGACGUGAACAUGGACAUGGACAUGGACGUGGAGGACUUGGACACAUGGACAUGGACAUGGACGUGGACAUGGACAUGGACAUGGACGUGGACAUGGACGUGGACGUGGACAUGGACAUGGACGUGGACGUGGACGUGGACGUGGCCUUGGACGUGGACAUGGAUGUGGACAUGGACGUGGACGUGGACAUGGACGUGGACCAGGACGUGGACGUGGACGCGGACGUGGACGUGGACGUGGACGUGGAUGGACGCGGACGUGGACGUGGACGUGGACGUGGACGUGGACGGGGACAUGGACGUGGACAUGGACGUGGACGUGGACGUGGACAUGGACGUGGACAUGGACGUGGACGUGGACGUGGACAUGGACGUGGACGUGGACAUGGACGUGGACAUGGACGUGGACGUGGACGUGGACGUGGACGUGGAGGACUUGGACGUGGACAUGGACGUGGACGUGGACGUGGACGUGGACGUGGACAUGGUCGUGGACGUGGUCAUGGACGUGGACGUGGUCGUGGUCGUGGACGUAGACCUGGACGUGGACGUGGACCUGGACGUGGACGUGGACGUGGUCGUGGACGUGGACGUGGACGUGGACGUGGACGUGGACGUGGUCGUGGACGUGGACGUGGACGUGGACGUGGACAUGGACGUGGACGUGGACGUGGACAUGGUCGUGGACGUGGUCGUGGACGUGGACGUGGACGUGGUCGUGGACGUAGACCUGGACGUGGACGUGGACCUGGACGUGGACGUGGACGUGGUCGUGGACGUGGACGUGGACGUGGACGUGGACGUGGUCGUGGACGUGGACGUGGAUGUGGACGUGGACGUGGACGUGGACGUGGACAUGGACGUGGACGUGGACGUGGCAUCGACGUCGACGUGGACGUGGACGUGGACGUGGACGUGGACAUGGACGUGGACGUGGACGUGUACGUGGACAUGGACUUGGACGUGGACGUGGACGUGGACGUGA